AUGGUACGGACGGAACAAUUUCCAACGGUCAGACACACGGACCAUCCAUGCAAGGCGAUGCAAGGCAAGGCGAUGCGAUGUGAUGCGACGCAACUUGACGGGACGAGGGGUGGAUUGGUUUGCGGAGAUAAAGAGAUGUCACAUCACGUGAGUGUGGCAGACAUGCAGGGGAAUCCCGCCCAUCGAGGCUGUGUCAGAGAAGCUUCAACUCGACCUCAUCCCAACUUCGUCGACAAAGUAUCCGACACCAACGCCAUCCUCCCCAACUACAUGUACAUCGUAGCCACGACAAAGGAUAAUGGACUACUACCAACCAUAUGCAAUUUCCAAUCAAAGCAGCUGUCAUCACAAGAGCAAGGAAGAAUCAAGGGGUACAAUAAAGCAUCGUAA